AUGAAGAUCUUCGCCUCAUCACACGAAUUCGACUACUCCUGGGAAGAAGUAUCGACGUGCAACUGGCGAAAAUACUGUCCUUGGAACGACAAAUCCACGCACGUCAUAGCAGUCGACACCCUCUCGCGCACCCUCUCCCCCCAAACCGGCAUCCUCCGCACCGAACGCCUCAUAACCUGCAAACAAUCCGCGCCGCAAUGGCUGCGCAGCUUCCUCGGCGGUCAGGAUACCUCGCUGGUCUACGAAGUCUCGUACGUCGACGCGGCGGCAAAAAAAGUCACCAUGUGCUCGCAGAACAUGACCUGGUCAGAUCUCCUCUCCGUGCAGGAGACGGUCGUGUAUCGCCCGGUAGCGGGAAAGGUGGGCAAGACGGUGUUUGAGCAGAACGCGAAGAUUAUCGCGUUGUGUGGCGGGUGGCAGAAGAUUAAGAAUGGGAUCGAGGAGUUUACGGUUGAGAGGUUUCGGCAGAAUGCUGCGAAGGGGCGGGAGGGGUUUGAGAGGGUGCUGGCGAUUAGUCGGGAGGUGUUUGCGGAGGAGAGGAAGAAGAAGGGCUUGCAGGCGAUGUAG